AUGACACAGCGAGGUGCCCCCCAGCAAUCAACUCACAGAAACACGGUACCUCAUACAGCACCUUGGUCGCCACAAAGGCGACCCGAGAGCUUGACAAACGACGGCCUCCAAAUUGACUAUUCAACCUACGAAAACCCCGAACCCGCAAGGUCCACCGAGAGAACAGGAUGUGGCGAGCUAGCUCCCUCACGCGGUGGGCCUUCAGGUUUGAGAAUGGAAAUCCGAUGCUGGGAACACGGCUGCGAGGGGCGGAAAUUCUCAUCGCUGGGAAAUUAUAGGCGACAUCUUCGCGAAAAGAACGGCCAAGCCAAGGGGUACCCCUGCCCCGACUGCGGGCGCGUAUUCACGCGCUCGACUGCAAGAAACUAUCACAAAAAUUCUGGAACAUGCGGACAGAACCCGAGACAAUUAAUGCUCCAAAUGCAGAUGGGGCUGCAGCUCCAAGCGGAGUCGCAUCUCCUGGCAUCUCCACCUCUGAACGUGCCCUCUGCAGGGGUCUUCGAGCCGUACAUCGACCCCAGCAGUCUCACCGACUUGUGCUCCACAUCGGACGCCUUUCUAUGGGGUGACACCGACAAGACGUCUCUAUAUCGGUAA